AUAAACAUAGCCCAAUUAAAUAACUGUGUUGUUGCGUCGUUUGUUUGUUUGUUGUUGUUUAUUCCUUAGUUUAUUUCGUUUUUUGAGUCAAUAAGUGAAUUUGCUGUAAAUAAAACGAAUAGUUUUGUGAAAAUGACAAAAGUACCAUCAGUUAUUCAUUGGUUUCGUUUAGAUUUAAGAAUACACGAUAACCUUGCCCUUCGUAACGCAAUAAACGAGGCUGAGAACAGGAAACACUUACUACGUGCCGUCUACGUAAUAGAUCCUGAUAUUAUCAAAACUAAAGUUGGAGUUAACAGACUAAAGUUUUUGCUACAGAGUCUUCAAAAUUUGGAUGAGAAUCUCAGAAAACUUAACUCAUGUCUGUAUGUCAUCCGAGGGAAAGCAACAGAGGAAUUGCCGAAACUAUUUGAUAAAUGGCAAGUCAAAUUCUUAACAACACAAGUAGAUAUUGACCCUGAAUAUGUGAAUCAAGAUGUAAUCAUUGAAAAAGUUGCUGAAGAGAAAGAUAUUUUCAUUGUUAAAAGGGUUCAGCAUACGGUCUUUGAUGUACACAGUGUUUUAAAGAAAAAUAAUGGAGCCAUCCCAUUGACAUACCAGAAGUUUUUGUCCCUUGUAACUGAUAUCCAGGUGAAGGAGUGUAUUGAGAUUACUAAAAAGUUAUCUGACCAUUGUAAAGCUCCAGAAAAAGAUUUAAAAGGCUAUGAAGUACCUAAACUUGAUGAAUUUUUAGAUGAAUCUGCUCUUGAACCUUGCAAAUAUCCAGGGGGAGAAACUGAAGCUUUAAAGAGACUUCACAUGUAUAUGGCAAAGAAACAAUGGGUGUGCCAAUUUGAAAAGCCCAAUACAUCUCCAAACAGUAUAGAACCCAGUACUACAGUAUUAAGCCCAUACAUAAGCCAUGGUUGUCUAUCAGUCAAACUUUUCUAUCACAAAUUGAAAGAAGCAGAAAGUGGCUCAAAGCACUCACAGCCACCAGUUUCCCUAAUGGGGCAGCUCAUGUGGAGGGAAUUUUAUUACACAGCUGGAGCUGGGGCAAAGAACUUUGAUAAAAUGGUGGGGAACCCAGUCUGCACCCAAAUACCUUGGGGCAAAAAUGACGAGCAUUUGAAAGCAUGGGCUGAAGGCAGGACUGGAUAUCCCUUUGUAGAUGCAAUCAUGAGACAACUAAAGCAAGAAGGCUGGAUCCAUCACCUAGCUCGUCACAUGGUAGCCUGCUUCUUAACCAGAGGAGACUUGUGGAUAUCUUGGGAAGAGGGUGCUAAAGUUUUUGAAGAUUACCUCCUUGAUUAUGAUUGGUCCUUGAAUGCUGGUAAUUGGAUGUGGCUCUCUGCUUCAGCCUUCUUCUAUAAAUAUUUUAGAGUGUACAGUCCUGUUGCAUUUGGAAAGAAGACUGAUAAAGAAGGAUUGUUUAUCAGAAAGUAUGUACCUGAACUUAAAAAAUAUCCUACUGCUUUUAUUUAUGAACCAUGGAAGGCCCCAAAAUCAGUGCAAGUAAGUGCUGGGUGUAUUGUUGGCGAAGGUUAUCCAAAGAGAAUUGUAGAUCAUGACAAGAUACACAAGGAGAACAUGCAGAAAAUGGCAGCAGCUUACAGAGCUAACAAGGAAAAGAAAGCCAUCAAAAGGCCUAGGUCAUAAUAUUUUUAAGUAUAGUGUGUGGAAGUUUUUGAUAUUUUGAGAAUAAAUGUUGAUUAAUUUAACUUAUA